AUGUCAAAGCCAGCACCAGGUCACAAGGAUGCCGUCUACCAUACCCAGUGCACGGGACAGGCGCUUGAGACGGUGAAAACUCAUUCGUCUCCAGCGGAGCAGACUUUGUUCGGAGCCUGUUUUUGUCCAUUCGUGCAUCGGGUAUGGAUCGCUCUUGAAUAUCUUGGAGUGCCUUACCAGUAUCGCGAGGUCGAUCCCUACAAGAAACUAGCAGAUCUGCUUGAGCUGAAUCCUAAAGGUCUCGUACCAGCGCUCAAGCUAUCGAAUGGCAAAGGCUUAGCCGAGUCCAGCGUGAUCUUGGAGUACAUCGACGAGAAGUAUGGUGGAGGUAAAGAAGGCAAGUCGCUGCUGCCCCCCUUGUCUAAUCCAUACGAGCGAGCCGUCUACCGCCUAGCAGUCGACAAGGCGAAUCGAAAUCUCAUUCCUUCCUUCUACCGCUAUCUGCAGGCGCAAGAAGUCGAAAAGCAGCUCGAAGGAGCCAAAGAAUUCACAUCGCACCUGAGCGACUUUGUACGUUCCAUGUCGUCCUCUGGCUCGGUAGGCUUUUGGGACGGCAAGGCGCUUUCCAUUGUCGACUGCACGGUAGCUCCUUGGCUGUAUCGAGCGACCAAUGUGCUGCGACACUUUCGAGGCUUUGAGCCCGAACAGCUACUUGAGCCCGAUGUAAUGGAGAGAUGGACUAAGUGGAGAGACGCCGUCUUUGAUCUCGACGCUUUCAAGGCUACCACUUCGACAGACGAUCUAUACCUCGACUCGUAUGUGCGCUACGCUCAGAACCGCCCCAUGACGUCCCAGGUGGCCGAGGCAAUUAACAAGGGUCGAGGCCUUCCUUGA